GACGUCACACACGUAACAUUGUUGCGUCAGAGGCUUACAAAUAAACAGUGGAGCACAUUAUCUUUGGAAAUAGCAGCAAUUGAUCUAGCAUUUCGCAGUUUAAUGAAAAACCUCUUGCUUCAACGGUACCCACUCGUGUUUUCCUCCGGAUAUCAUGAUAAACUGCAAUACAUAACACGGUGUAUUCCACUUAUUUCAAAAUCUUUAAUACAUAUUAUUCAAAGCAGCAAAAACGAGAGUUUUCGAUCAAAAGCGAUUGAAUUUGCUCAACGAACACGCGCUCAUACUAAUUUAUCAUUCGUGCCAAAUGGUCGUAUAAAAUAUGACGCAGAUUCAACACCAGAACAGAUGAGGAAAAUUUUUUCAAAUGGAUUAUAUUCGAUUGCAAGAGACAUCAAAGUACAUAUACCAGCAUUUCAAGAGCAUUCAUCGAGCGACGAAGAAACAUCAAAUGCUAAAGUUGUGAAAAAAUCAAAAAUAAUAUCUAAAUUAAAUCGCGAUAAAUCAAAUUCAGACAAGGUGUUUGAAGAUCUUUUCGACAAUUAUGGGAUCAACGGUUAUGGGGAAACUAAAGAUACACAAACUGUAUGUUUAGAAUGUAAUACUGACAAUAGUGGUGAUAUUGACUUGUUUGCCAGUGAGAUUACUUCGGAUGUUGAUGAUUAUACUGGAUCUUUAUUUGACACUGAUGACGAAGAUAAUCGAGAUUUUGGUGAGACUGUGUUUGAGGAAUCCUCUAGCUCUGAUGCCGAUAACUUUUUGCAGGAAGAUCUGCAUUACUUCGACAACGAAAAUCGCUCAAAUUUCAGAAGUGUAUUUGAUCAAUAUAAUAAUGCUGAUUUUUUAGAUCCUAAAGAUACUGAUGUUAAGGACACUUGUGUAGUUCCUGAUGAUGAUGUGGAAUUAUUAAACUUUGAUGAAUUUGAGGAUAAACAUUUUUUUGUGAAUACUAGGGACUCUUGGGAGUUAUCGCAUGCUUCUGAAUUUUGCGUUACGAACAAUAAAAUUGUAUCGACUUCGCAAAUACAGUGUGCAAAUCUUCAUUGUUUUUCGGACGAUCAGCAUAAUAAUUCCGAAGAUGUAUUUUUUGACAUCAUGUUUGAUGAGUGA